ACUAAGCCCUUCUUAACAACUUUUUUGUGACAUUUUAGAAGAAAAAAAACAUCAACCAAAAAGCCAAUUACAAUGAUCAAGUUGAGAUGCAAAAAGUUCUUCAGAAGCAAUUCAAAGGUUGCAAGUACUAACACCGCCGCCACCACUGUCGCAGCUACUGCGACAGCAUCAGGGGGCGACGCCAAAUUAGGUGGUGAAAUAAAAUGGGAAUUGCGUCCAGGAGGUAUGUUGGUUCAAAAGAGAGAAUGUGCCAAGAAUGAUGGAGAUUCAAUUAUCACCCUUAGAGUUUCUACUGUUACUCAAUGGCAUGACAUUUCUGUACAAGCCACUUCAUCUUUUGGUGAAUUAAAGAUGAUACUGGCAAUGGUAACUGGUUUAGAACCGAAGGAGCAAAGGCUAUUAUACAAAGGGAAAGAAAGAGAGGAUUGUGAAUUCUUGCACAUGGUGGGGGUGAAAGACAAGGACAAAGUGUUACUCUUUGAAGAUCCAGCUAUCAAAGAGAGGAAACUUCUUAAUUUGACUGCUGCAACAAGUGGACGUGUCCAAGCCAUAGGAUCCACUUACCACACCAUUUGUGUCUAAAAAAAUAAAAAAUCCUAAUUCCUAGUACUACAAAUUAACAUUGUUAGUAUGCAAUAUGUGUAAUUUCUUGCCUAAAAAACUAACCCCCCUCCUCAUCAAGAAAAUGAGUGAUGAUGGAUCAAGAAUGGUGAUAAGUAUAUGGUUACCAACUUGCUCAAAUUAGAAUAGGUUAUAUUCUUGUUUUUUUUUAAUGAUGUGUAAUAGCAAAUUUUAUAUGCGAGCCCAAGUGGGUUCCUGUGGUAGCAUAUGUGAAAAUUAAUGUGUAACGUACUGGUGCAUGUCCGCAUAUCUCGAUUAGGUUAUCGAGUUUGUAAAUGUUACUAUAUUAAUUUUAAUUUUGUCAAUGUUUUUUUGUACUCUGA